UUAUGAACAUUAGCUACUGUUCAGUUAGCUAGUUAUACAACCAACUAUCAAACUUUUGUGUUGGACCGAUAAAACAAUUCUGAUGAGGGGGAAGCGACGCGCUAACGUCAACGGUUAACGUUAGCAUGUUUUUACAACUUUAACUUACGUAAAACAAUACCUAUCUAAGAUCAUUAUUGAAGAAUGACACCUUCAAAUAACAGUAAAUGAGACGAAAUAUGCCAACUUGAGCUAGCUAGUCUGCCAUCUCAAAUGAUUUUGAGAUGUGUCGUGAUGAAUCGCAUUUCCUAGCGAGCUACAGUGUUGGCUAGCUAACGUUAGUAGAAAAAUCAAUAUAAUGGUAAUUUUGUGAGGUUAGCCAACUGCAUUUUUAACAGUAUACAGUAAGUGUGCAUUUCGCAUGUGUUUCUAGAACCGUAUAUUGAUCAUCUAUUCACGUUUAGGUGGUGUUCUGGCUAUCAGAGCCAGCCUACCUCUGAAAAUAACCCAAGGUCCUUAGGCUAACUGUAACGUUCGGCUCCUUAAGAGUACAUCUCGGGUUAGGACAGGGUCUGAAGUGCAUCUAUAACAGGAGAAGCUUCCCAGGGUGGUGCGGCAGGCUCCAGGUCAUCAGACUGGGCCCAGAGGAAUUGCGCGUGCCCAAUUUGACUGAAGCGUGGAGCAAGUUACCCAAAGGCUUUUUUUCAUAUUUUCAUUAAGAAACUGACAAAACACACCGGUGCAAGAUCAAGUUGACUUACAAAGAGCAAGAGAGGGAGUGCGGUGAUGUAGUGUCCACAACUAAAGAGUCAGUGUGGAAUCUGAGAAGACACGCCUCCCGAAACAUGAUGGUGAAAGGUGACAUGCUAACAGAAAGGAACGAGGAAACAUUCUAGAAGAGUUCCUGGUCCUGGUAUCUGUUUAGCCCCAGCUGGUUGACCACUGUAUCAGGGGCAAUGGAGAGGCCUAUCCAGCCUCUGAAGACAAUAUUUCAUAGGCGAAGUAGUGCAAAACCAAGAGGAGAUGAUAAGAGUUUUGGGCACUUGAGACCGCUCUCUGUUUAUUCUAGAAUGAUAACUUGUGAAAACGGUAGGGUUAGUCCUAGCGGCACUAACCAGUCAUGGAAUUCAUCCAAUCCAUUCUGCAACUUGAAAGUAGAGAUUGUGAACAACAAUGCCCCUACAAGACACAAGAGGCGAUUGGAUGACUCCUGCCUUGAUGACACGUACGAGACUACAUACAAAAAGCCCUGCAGUCCUAAGGCCAUCUCCCCAGACCUGGCUUGUGUUGUAGUUUCAUGCAGCAUCCUUCCAGGUGUAGCCACUGUCUCCCCUACCACUGACCUCCAAAAAGUGCCAUCUAGUGUUGAAAAUACAGUCAAAGAUAAAGGUACAUCCGAAGCUGUGAUAUGUGUGCCAAACUCUGAUCAUAUCCAGUGUGGCCAAGCAGGAGAGGCUGGAAGUAGACCGGGUGGUGCUGCAGCUCCAGGCGGCCCCGUAUCAAACGAGUCUGAGGCCUGGUCUGAGACCCUGAGCCAUGAGCCUGAGAAAGUCUCGAUGGACCUUGGUCCUGUUUUUGACUUUGACGUUGACGACAUCAUGUGCCUGAGCCCCAUUGACAGCGACAGGGGGAGCGAUGAGGGCAUUGAAGCCUUUGUCGAUAGCUGCAACAGUUUUUACGACGACUGCACCCGUAACCCCAGUGACGGCGACACCCAGCCCACUAAGCCUUUCUUAGCUCAUAGUUCAACACAGAACCAUGUUUCAAGGGAGGGAUAUGACGUAGGAGAGCGGGAGGAGGGGAAAGGAAAGAAGAUGGUGGGAGAAAGGGGAAAAGAGGGCAAUGGGGAGAUAAACCAUCAGGAGGAAGAGGAGGUUGUGAGCAUUGAGGGGGUUUUUUCCAGGUCCUACCUUGCGGCACUUAAAGCAGGAAAGGACGUGUCUCAGGCUGUGCCACCCCUGCAGCCCCGCAUCUCGUCCAGCCCUUUGUUUAUGGGGAGGGAGGUGAUGCAGAGGCUGCAGAUGGCUGUGUCAGAUGAUGGGGAGCCUCCAUGUCCUCCAGGGUUCUCUGAUCCCAAUGGGGGCCAGGCUAUGGUUUGCCAGCCGCACUACUCUUUCACUUCAGAGGAUGUAGCUUAUGGGUUAUAUGGGGCACCUCUGGUCCCAGUGGAGGGUGCAGAUGAGGGCUUGGAGGGUACGGCAGGGGACGAUUGGAGUAUCGGUGCCCCGAUACUGGAGUCCUCAUUGUGUCACGUUGCCCCAGUGGAGUUCAAUGCGGGUUGUGAGGGAAAUGUGGUGGAGGGGGGGGGGGGUGUGCUUGAUUCAGUUCAGGAGUGCCAGGUCACACUCCUGGCUGAAGAGGUAACCGUGGAGCCCAGCUACGAGAACGCCUUUCCUCUCCAAGUCCAGGUGAGGUCAGUAUUGGUGGUUCCCAGCGUGCAACAGAGCAGCAGCAGCCAACCCUCAACGCUGCCUGAGCAUGUGCAGAAACCUUCUCUGGAGAAGAAUGUUGUCAAGACGACAACAAGACCUGUCCAGAAACCUUCACCUGGACAGAACAUUAUCAAGAACACAAUUGUCCAUAAACCUUCGCUUGGGCAGAAAGUGACGAAGAUAAAACCUGUCCAGGCAGCUUCAACUUCGUCUGACCAGAAAGUGGUCAAUACAAGACCUGUCCAGAAACCUUCACCUGGACAGAACAUUAUCAAGAACACAAUUGUCCAUAAACCUUCGCUUGGGCAGAAAGUGACGAAGAUAAAAACUGUCCAGGCAGCUUCAACUUCGUCUGACCAGAAAGUGGUCAAUACAAGACCUGUCCAGAAACCUUCACCUGGACAGAACAUUAUCAAGAACACAAUUGUCCAUAAACCUUCGCUUGGGCAGAAAGUGACGAAGAUAAAACCUGUCCAGGCAGCUUCAACUUCGUCUGACCAGAAAGUGGUCAAUACAAGACCCGUCCAGAAAACUGCACCAAGGCCAGUGGUCUAUGACAGGGAGGAGGACUGGCAGCGUGAGAAGUGGCUCUAUGUGGACUCAGUCACCAGACACAUAAGGGAGAACAUUGGUGCAGGAGAAGGGGUGAUGACUGAGCUGCUGAACCUGAUGAACCAUGUGGCCGAUCAGAGACCAGGCACCAACGGCAGGCAGUGGCAGCACCCCUCGGAUCUCACCCGCAGAAAUUACCAAAGACGAUUUGGAAAUGACAGAACAAAUUACACUCUGGACGAAUGGCAGAACCAGAACUACAGGAACCACCAGCGCUUUGCCAAUCUCCCACAGAUCUUUGAGAGAAGUCCAGUUCUGUAAAUCCAAGCAACAAAGCAUUUUACCAGAGGAUUGUAUAGGGCAGUACACUUUUAAAUUUGGCAAAUGACAUCACUCAGGUCAUUUGGUGUCUAAGAUUUGAGCUCUUAUAUUGUAAGCCUAGAACCACGGUUAAAACUUGAAUUAAUCCUUUACUUCUUCUCAGCUUUUAACAAUGUCUUUCACUUAUUGUUUUUUGUUUGAAGUUAAUUAAUUUAUCCUCGCUCAAGAUUUGUAUGUUUAUUGUUAGAGUCUUGAAGCCCAGAGAUUAUUAUUAUUAUUUUUUUCAAUUUGUUCGAUCUGAGACAGUAAUAUUGUGGAUUUUAGUGUGAUUAAUCUAUUUUCUUGUUGUACUUGAAUUUAAAUUAUGUUCCUUUCAGCUUACCAUCCAGUAUAAUCAUAACAUUGAUGACAGAAAAGGAACAAAAAUAACGUAAUAGCCAAUCGUUGUGCCUGCCUGUCUCCUGUCUGCACUUAUUUCCUUUUUGUACUGUCACGCCUAGUUUGUGCUAGGCACCUUGUUUGCACAGGCUUUUUUUAAUGUUUUAAAGAACUCCUUUUUGAAUAUUGUGCACAUUUCCCUGGCUAAACUCUUAUUUGUGCAGUUGAAUUUCUUUCCCCAUACAUGUUGCAUUCUUGCUGUUGAAGUACAAACAAAUCAUCCAACACUUUGUUAGUACUUGGUUCUGAUUAGCCCCUUGGUUCAGUUGGAACACUUUGAAGGGACAAUCAAAUCAUAACUGAUCUACACCAUUUCCAAGGUGUGGUGCCAUAUGUAUUGUUCCAGAUGGUGUUCACUUACUGCCUCUGGCCUGUCAUUUGUUUAUUAGCAUAUGCCGGAGUAUUUGAGGCCAUGUUAUGGUUGCUUGACGUUUUUGUUCCAUCUUAGAUUUCAUGUCUAACCAAAUUAAGGGAGUUAGUUUGUCACAUGGAUUAGGUCAACUCUUAAAAUUCUCUACUUUAUCUAUAUUCUGUGCAGCGAAGCGAUAUGGAUUGGCCUUGUAUUGAUGCUUGUGUUGGAGAGACAUCUGUAAACAUAAUCUAGUGU